CGUUAAAAUCUGUGCAACCACAUUGUGUGUGAGUUCCAGUAAAUCAUAAUUUGUGAAGAUGCAACGUGUGACGUUAGUUGUUAUCAUUUUAUCGUGCCUUCUUUCCGAAAGUAUCGGAAAAGUAGGUUUCGGUCCGGGUGAACAAGAUUGGGGACAUGUGACGGUUAGACAAUAUUCCCAUAUGUUUUGGUGGCUUUAUUACACCACGGCAAACGUUCAAUCGUAUUACGAAAAACCCUUAUUAAUUUGGUUGCAAGGUGGUCCAGGUGGAUCCUCCACUUCUUAUGGAAACUUUGAAGAACUUGGUCCUCUCGAUACGAAUUUGAAACCAAGGAAUUAUACGUGGAUUAAAAAUUACAAUGUUUUGUUCAUCGAUAAUCCAGUUGGUACUGGAUUUAGUUAUGUUGAAAAUUCAGAAGCAUAUGCUCGAACGAAUGAACAAAUUGCUAUUGAUCUCGUUGAAUGCAUGAAAGGUUUUCUAAAAAAAUUACCUAAAUUUUCUAAUGUACCUACUUAUAUUUUAACCGAAUCGUAUGGUGGAAAAAUGGGGGCUGAAUUUGCUCUAGUUUGGUAUAAGGAGCAGCAAGCAGGUACUAUUAGAAGUAAUUUAAAAGGGGUUGGUCUUGGCGAUGCUUGGAUAUCUCCAAUCGAUUCUGUCAUGACUUGGGCACCUUUUUUACUUAGCACGGGUAUGAUCGAUUCUAACGGUUAUAAAAAAAUUGAAAUAUCAGCCAAAGCAACUAAAGAUGCAAUUAAUAAUGGUCGAUGGUCAAUGGCCACUACUUUAUGGAGUCAAACAGAAAAUGUCAUUCUCAAAGUUACGGAUAAUAUCGAUUUUUAUAACAUUCUAACAAAAUUGUCUCCUGCCCACGAUCGUUCUCGAAUUCUAGGAUUGUCAUCAAUUUAUACAGUAGGAGAUGCUAAAUAUCACAAUUUGAUUCAACAAAAUGGUAGAAGUUUAGAGGAUUUAAUGAACGGACCAGUAAAAACUGCACUCGGUCUUAAAAAUUUUCAUGGUAGACAAUCUAAUAUGGUGUUCGGUAUGUUGAUGGAGGAUUUCAUGAAACCGGUUGUCGAUAAAGUGGAACUCUUACUGAACGAAACUAACAUCAAUGUGUUUGUAUACACCGGGCACAUGGACCUCAUCGUUGAUACGCCAGGCACAGUACUUUGGGUUGAUAAUAUGAAUUGGAAAAAUUCUUACAAUUGGCGUAACGCUAAAAGAUUGUCAUUGGUUUCUGAUCGCAUUAUCGAAGGUUACUCUAAAAGUUACAGUAAUUUUGGAUUAUAUUGGGUCAACCGAGCAGGACACAUGGUACCAAAAGAUAAUCCUGCAGCCAUGGCACAGAUAUUAAAAGAUUUGACAGCAAAUGCAUAUACUAAAUAAUUUUGAUAAUUAUUUGUAAUACAGAAAUAAUCCUGCCACACACCCUAUACCUUAAAAAAAAUAUUUUCAAAGGAAGUGGACCGUCGUACACAGCAAUAUUGUUUACUCUAUUUACUUAAAUAUUAACAUAAUCGAUUAUCGAAAUCGGAAUAACUAAAUUCAAAGCCAUGGUGUGUUGCUUUAUUUAACAGAAUCAACUAACCGAUUGAAUUUUUACUGUGCUUUCCACGCAAAAUCGAUAAACUGACAGCAUAUAUAUAUACUUAUGUAUAUACACAUCAGGAAAAAAGAAAUAUUCAUAGUAUAACAAAAAUUGUACUAAAAUGUUAACUGCAAAACAUGUCAAAGUUCACAAAAUGUCAGACGAACGAUGGACCAAGAGAGACAAAAUAAAUCAGUAUC